AGUUCCGCUUUUGAAGAAGUGCUCGUUUUUUUUUUUUUUUUUCUAAGAAUGGAAAAGUAGGUCGAUAAGACCACAGACGUCGGCGUGCAGACGUAGGCUUGCUCUGUUCACCAGCUGACGGGCAGUAAACAGAACAUUUAAAAUAUCAUGAUCCGCGCGGACAUGGUCUGUUUGUUAAACCUGCUCGGCUCGGCUCGGCUCGGGUUAGCGGAUCGCCCUGCUUUACCCGGGUAGUGACAGGACCUCUUGUGCUGCUGUAUUCCCGUCAGAAGCUCGUCACUUCCAGAUACAGGCAAAGAUUAGUAUCUGUGUCACCCACCAUGUCUCCUUUUGGGUUUAGCAACCAUGAAUAUGUAUGCUGUGGCGAACCCUGAGAUACCAGGCUGCCCACCGGGGUUAGAGUACCUCACCCAGGUGGAUCAGCUCCUGAUCAAACAGAAGGUCGAGCUGGUUGAAGCCCUCGUUGGUUUCGAGAGCAACAACAAAUAUGAAGUGCGUAACAGCAUGGGCCAGAACGUUUUCUACGCCGUGGAGGAGAACGACUGCCUGAGCCGACAGUGCUGCGGCCCCAUGCGCUCGUUCACCAUCCAUGUGCUCGAUAACUUCGGACAAGAGGUCAUCACGGUCACCAGGCCGCUGAAGUGCAUGUCCUGCUUCUUCCCGUGUUGUCUACAAGAGCUGGAGAUCCAGGCCCCCCCAGGUAACACAGUGGGGUACGUUAUACAGCAGUGGCACCCGUUCUCACCCAAGUUCAUCAUAGCCAAUGAACACAGGGAGCAUGUGCUGAAGAUCCACGGGCCCUUCUGUGGAUGGAGCUGCCUUCCAGAUGUCGACUUUGAGAUUUUGACGCUGGAUGAAGUCAGUAAAAUCGGGAAAAUCAGCAAGCAGUGGACGGGACUUCUUCGGGAAGUGUUCACAGACACAGACAACUUUGGGAUCCAGUUCCCCAUGGACCUGGACGUGAGGAUGAAGGCUGUGAUGAUCGGUGCAUGUUUUCUAAUUGAUUUCAUGUUCUUCGAGACGACUAACUAGGAGCCAAACAGGAUAUCCAUGUGAGUGUACAGUUCAACCGUCCAGGGAGAACAAGGCCACAAAGCCAUAAUGACCGGUCCCAAACGCCCGGACACAGAAACAACCUUCAGACGGAUAGUUUCAAGAAAGUCAAUGUUAUAAUUUGUUGCAUGAACAAAGAAAAAAGAAGGUUUGUUUAAGACUUAGCUGCUCAGGUUGGUUGUUUUUUGUUUUUUUUGACAAGCUACGGGGCUGUGAGACGCACGGUGCAGUGAUUGUGAGGACAUUUUUAUUUGUGUUUACAUGACGAGCUCAUCGGGGGAAAGAGACUUUUGUUACUAUGUGGAAACGAGAAAACUUGAAUAGCAGCCUGACGUCAUUAUACGAGAAAUUACAAGGGAACACCAUCGCAGGCAAGUGCUGUUAAACAGUAUAAUAAGUAGAGAUCGGUGUCAUUAGUGUGUGACACACUUUGUGUUAUUUUGUCCUAUUUACAGUCAAGCUGGUAUUUAAUAUAGAAUGUGUAGCUAUAUUUUGCAAGAACUUAAGGACUCAUGUAUUGUAGUAGUUUGCAGCAGAUAUUCACUGCUCUUAUUUAUUGAUUUAUACUUCGCUCUGUUUGACUGUUUAGUCGAUACGGAGCAAUGUGUGUGCGCACUGCUUAGUGAGUGCUCGUGUGUCCGCGUGCUGUAAGUGUGAUUUUACUAACACAUGAACUCUCAUAGGGUGCACUAAUGUUUCUAAUGUGAUGAAUAAUAAUGCACUGCAGACUCUGUAGUGUUUUUUUUUUAUGUAAGGGGAACUGAUAGGUUGAUGUGCAAUCCCAGUCUUGUCCACAAGAGGGAGCUAGAUUUGCAUUUGAGACUAACCCAUAACCAGCCCAUAUGGAUGAGAACAUUGGCUGUUCAUGCCAUAGGGGGUUUUCUUUAAAUAUUCCUCUCUGAUGACGUUGUGUAUUAUUGGAUAAACUCAGGUUGAUGCAUGCUGUUGUAUUGGAUUGUUUGCUAACGCUGGCUCUGGGAAUGACACGCCUGCACCUGAUGCUACUAAUAGGAAAAGAUAUUAUCUCUCAUAUUUUAGAGAAGUUUGCACAUCAUAUUAUACAAAUAUGUAUAUUCCACCUUGUAUUAACUGGCAAAUUAAGAUUUUAAAUUAUAUUUUCUCCGUGCAACAAUCCUGAUUGUAACUCUAAAUGUGUUCUGAGGAUCUGUUCAUUAGGAGUGGAGGUAAAUACUGAUGCAAAGAUAUGAUCUGUGCUUUUGUACCAUCAUGAUAAAAACUGAUUUGUCUCCAAAUGUUUGACUUUGUGGUUCUAGAAAACUGGAGGGGAGUCAGCUCAAUAUUUAUUUAUUUAUUUUAAAAUCUUAAAAGCUUAGAGGCUUUUAUUUUUGUAAAAAGUCGUAUAAACUGCCAAUUGGAAAAAGCCAAAGUUUCCAAUGUUCUCUUUGUCAACCAUUCUUUAUUCUGCCUUCAAUAGACCGACCGUGUUCAUAGA